UUUCUUCAUAGUCGAACACAACAAACAAAUUCUUUCAAAAAUAGAGAAACCUUAUUAGAAUUUAUUCCAUGGUAUAUCCAGACGAAUAAGACAUAGCGCGUUAGAAUGUAUUCGUAUGGUGUGACAAGUCGGAAAGAUAUCAUUAGACUGGGCUGGAGGAACUCGACCUUUAUGGGGCCGCGUAACUGUGAGAUUGUUGUGCCGCCAAUAGACAUGUCCUAUGUAGACGAGACGGACCAGAAAACCAAUCAUCUGACCCUGGACAAAAUCAAAAGCCCCAAGAUAGUGAGCAAAGCAAAAAAGUCGCACAAGCUAGAGGUCAAUGAGAAGGUUGUGAAGAAAGCCAAAAAGAAGUCCAGGAAACUGACCACUGAACUACCGCAGGUUGGUCUGGUCAAGGUUCCGCCCAGGGUAUUGGCCACACAGUCCGCCGAACUUGAUCUAAAUGGGCCGGCUAACACUCGACAAAUUGCGGAUUAUCUAUUAGAGAAUCGACUAACUGUGAACAAUGGUAGCCUGCAGCUGGCGGCACCCAAGGAGAAACCGAACGGCGAGUGCCAUUGCGCCGAUAGACUCGGGCUCUUGGCUAGACUGAUCACAUCGCGACACGAUCCGAUAUAUACUGCUAGAAUAUCGCCCUCUCUGAAGCAUCUGAGCGAUAUUAUGCAGGAGCUGUUGUCCAUUCUGAGUCUAUUUUUUGUGGUUGGGCUGCUAUUGGCCUGUUAUCUAUGCUCCAAGCCAAGGGAACUCUCGUUCCUGCAGCAGCUGCUACGAAAACUAUACAGAUUGUUUGCAACCGAUUCCUGUUACGAUUGUGGUUUAUGUUAGGAAUUCCUUAUCUUUGAUGAACCAAUUAAAAUUCUAUUACAAGAUAA